CCGGUCUUUUAGUUUCUCUCCUUUCUUUCUCUCUGCUGAGGCUCACAGGUUCAGGCGGACAUGAUGCAGCAGCCAGCCAUGAUGUGAGGAGCUCCAGCUGUGCUGCAGAGCAUGCUGCAAAGGUCCUCCAUUUAAAGAUGACAUGGCGCCCUCAGUACCGCAGCUCCAAAUUUCGCCAUGUGUUUGGGAAAGCUGCCACUAAGGAGAACUGCUACGAUGGCGUGCCGAUCACACGCAGCGUCCAGGACAACCACUUCUGCGCCGUCAACCCUCGCUUCAUCGCCAUAAUCACAGAGUGUGUUGGGGGCGGGGCCUUCCUGGUGCUGUCGGUCCACCAUACGGGUAAAUUGGAUCCCCACCACCCUCGAGUGUCGGGCCACAGGGGCUCCGUCCUGGACAUCAAAUGGAAUCCCUUCGAUGAUUACUGCAUCGCCUCCUGCUCAGAGGACGCCACGGUUAAAGUAUGGGAAAUCCCUCGUCAUGGCGUGCUGACGAACCUCACUAUGCCGUGGAAGGAGCUGCAGGGUCACAGCCGCAGAGUGGGCCUGAUCGAGUGGCAUCCGACGGCCAACAACAUCCUCUUCAGCACCGCCUAUGACUACCAGGUGAUGAUCUGGAACCUGGACUCUCCAGAGCAGGUGAUAAAGAACCCCGUCCGAACCAUCCAGCACCACACAGACGUCGUCCUGUCCAUGUCUUUCAAUACGGACGGGAGCCUUCUGGCCACCACCUGCAGGGACAGGAAGGUCCGGCUGAUGGAGGCGCGCUCAGGGAACGUGCUGCAGGAAGCAAAUUGUAAGUCGCAUAAAGCCAGUAAGGUGCUGAUUUUAGGGAACCUGAAGAUGCUCAUCACAUCUGGCACUUCUCGCUACAACGAUCGACAGAUAGCUCUGUGGGAUCAGGAAGACCUGUCGGUGCCUUUGUUGCAGGAGAACCUGGACGGUUCCUCAGGGGUGAUCUUCCCGUUCUACGACCCUGACACACACAUGCUCUACCUUGCUGGAAAGGGGGAUGGAAACAUCAGGUACUAUGAGAUCAGCUCAGAAAAACCCUACCUCCACUACCUGACGGAGUACCGCUCACACUCACCUCAGAAAGGAAUGGGAGUAAUGCCAAAGAGAGGCCUGGAUGUCACAUCAUGUGAGGUUUUCAGGUUCUACAAAGUGGUGAUAGUCAAGAGCCUCAUUGAGCCUAUUUCUAUGAUCGUACCCCGCAGGUCGGAGUCGUACCAAGAAGACAUCUAUCCAAUGACGGCAGGUAACAGACCAGCGCUGACUGCAGAAGAGUGGCUCAGCGGCAUCAGUAAAGGACCGGUUCUCAUGUCUCUGAAGCCUGGAAGUGAACUAAUGGAGCCUCCGUCAGAGCUGAAGGGGCUGACCAACUCCCUGGACACACGGCGCUCUCAGAGCAGACCCGGCAUGCUGCGCCUCUCCUACAUUCAGGACCAACUGGAAGCCAAAGAAGACGGCGAGCAGGCCAAGUCCGACAGGAGUUGGACGUCUGUGAGCAACGGGGACGACCAGGCGCAUGGUUCCCCGCUGACAGAGAGCGAGGUGCGAUUUGCUGAUUAUCAAACACAAGCCUGGAUUUUAAAUGAUCCCAUUUAA